AGAACAACAACACACAGAAGCAUACGCCGAUCCAUCCAGCUGAUAAUUAAGGCAAUCAGAUCAUCCAUGGGAGUGGGGAUGAAGCGCGCGAGAGAGGAGGAGCCGGUGUCGCUGGCGCUAUCGCUCACCACGGAAUCAACGUCGUCGUGCACGACGUCGGCAGACUCAUCAGGUGCGGCACAGAAGAAGAGGGUGCGGCGGGGGCGGGUGGUGGCGACCUCUGGGGAGGGUGAGUUCGUCUGCAAGACGUGCAGCCGCGCCUUCGCGUCGUUCCAGGCGCUCGGCGGGCACCGGACCAGCCACCUCCGCGGCCGCCAUGGGCUCGAGCUCGGCGUCGGCGUCGCAAAAGCCAUCCGGGACAUGAAGCGGAGCGAGGACAAGCAGUCGCAUGAGUGCCACAACUGCGGGCUGGGCUUCGAGACGGGCCAGGCGCUCGGAGGCCACAUGAGGCGGCACCGGGAGGAGAUGGCGCUCACCGGCGUUGGUGCCGACAACAACCAGUGGGAGUGGCGGAGCGUCACGCUGCCAGAUCAGGAAACGCUGGGGCACGCCGCCGACAGGCCGCCUGUCUUACUCGAGCUGUUCGUCUAGUUAGCUAGCUGGAACUGUCUACUUUCUUCAU